UUCCCUGAGUCCUCCCGCGCGGCUACCGGGUUGCAUCAUCUCAGCAGCCUGUGGCAGAGAAGGCUGGCUGCAGCGCGGACCAUUGUGCCCUGGCCUGGGACCCACCAGUCACGCCUCUCCGCACCCUUCUCGCACUGUCCAGAAGACCCCCGGGGACCGGCUCCCCGAACCUGCGGGGCGUAGCUGGGAGACAUCGUUAGCUCCACCAGAUCUGUUCACCGGGAACCUGUCUGUCUCAGAGCCCAAGUCUCCGACCUCCUGCUGCUUGCAGCGCUGGGCAGCGCCAUGGAGAAGAGCAGCGAGACCAACGGCUACCUCGACGGCGUCCAGGCGGGGCCUGCAGGGGGACCCGGCGCACCGGGGACCGCGGCGGGACGCGCGCGGCGCUGCGCCGGCUUCCUGCGGCGCCACGCGAUGGUGCUGCUCACCGUGUCCGGGGUGCUGGCGGGCGCGGGCCUGGGCGCGGCGCUGCGCGAAUUCAAGCUGAGCCGCACGCAGGUCACUUACCUGGCUUUCCCCGGCGAGAUGCUGCUCCGCAUGCUGCGCAUGAUCAUCCUGCCGCUGGUGGUCUGCAGCCUGGUGUCGGGGGCCGCCUCUCUCGACGCCAGCUCCCUCGGGCGUCUGGGUGGCAUCGCCGUCGCCUACUUUGGUCUCACCACCUUGAGUGCCUCGGCGCUCGCCGUCGCCUUAGCGUUCAUCAUCAAGCCAGGGUCUGGUGCGCAGACCCUGCAGUCCAGCGACCUGGGGCUGGAGGAGUCGGGGCCUCCGCCGGUCCCCAAAGAAACAGUGGACUCUUUCCUCGAUCUGGUCAGAAACCUGUUUCCCUCAAAUCUUGUGGUUGCAGCAUUCCGUACGUAUGCUACCAAUUAUACAGUGACCCGCAACAACAGCUUUGGAAAUGUGACCAAGGAAAAGAUCCCCUAUGGUACCGAGAUUGAAGGGAUGAACAUUUUAGGGCUGGUCCUUUUUGCCCUCUUGUUAGGCGUGGCCCUGAAGAAACUGGGCUCUGAAGGAGAAGAGCUCAUCCGUUUCUUCAAUUCCCUCAACGAGGCGACAAUGGUGCUGGUGUCAUGGAUUAUGUGGUACGUACCUGUGGGAAUCAUGUUCCUGGUUGGAAGCAAGAUCGUGGAAAUGAAGAACAUCAUCGCGCUGGUGACCAGCCUCGGGAAAUACAUCUUCGCAUCCAUACUGGGCCAUGUUAUUCAUGGAAUAAUUGUUCUGCCACUUAUUUAUUUUGUUUUCACACGAAAAAACCCAUUCCGAUUCCUCCUGGGCCUUCUCACACCAUUUGCAACGGCGUUUGCCACCUGCUCCAGCUCAGCGACCCUUCCUUCUAUGAUCAAGUGCAUUGAAGAAAACAACGGUGUAGACAAGAAGAUCAGCAGGUUUAUUCUUCCCAUCGGGGCCACUGUGAACAUGGACGGGGCGGCCAUCUUCCAGUGUGUGGCUGCUGUGUUCAUCGCCCAGCUCAACAGCGUGGAGCUGAAUGCAGGGCAGAUUUUCACGAUUCUGGUGACUGCCACAGCAUCCAGUGUUGGAGCAGCAGGCGUGCCAGCUGGAGGGGUCCUCACCAUCGCCAUUAUCCUGGAAGCCAUUGGCCUGCCCACCCAUGACCUCUCUCUGAUCCUGGCUGUGGACUGGAUUGUGGACCGGACCACCACGGUGGUGAACGUAGAAGGGGACGCCCUGGGCGCGGGCAUUCUCCACCAUCUCAACCAGAAGGCCAUGAAGAGAGGAGAACAGGAACUGAGCGAGGUGAAAGUGGAAGCUGUCCCCAACUGCAAGUCCGAGGAGGAGACGUCGCCUCUGGUGACACACCAGAACCCCUCCUCCACUGCAACCAGUGUCCAAGAAGUGGAGUCCAAGGAGUCGGUGCUGUGAGGGGGCUGGGCCACAGGCUGGCACCCGCCCCAUUACACUCGGGCGCCGCCCUCACAGAUUUCUAGUCUCCCGAGCAGUGCUUUGGCCCAGUCACCAGUCUGAGGAUGACCUCUCCACACAGGCAUUGGGCUCCCCAGCGGGAACUGGUUGCCGAGGACCAGGACACUGACAUUUGGCUUGAUCCAGUCCAGGUGCAGCUGCUGGUGCGCCAGGGCUGUUUGGAAAACUCCCUCUCGAGCUGCCAGGCUUGAGGAGUCCUGGGCCUCCCAGGCCCUGUGGAUAAACUUGGGAAAACGCAGGCAUCUUAUUCUUCAUUGGCCCUGCUCAGCUCUGCACUGGGGACUGCCGAGCACACCAAGGAGGGUCGCAGUCAUCUGGCACGUUUCCUCGUGAACAACAGUAAUUGGAGAAAUUCCCACAGUCUUAGCGUCCGCUGAGACUCGGGGGUUAAAAGAGUGGCGCUGCUCCUAGGAGUGCGAGGCUUCUGAGGGACCCAGGCGCUGCGCAGUGUCGGUUAGAACUACCCCAGGUGUGGCGGCACUGAGGCGCCUCAGGUCAGGAGCAUAAGGAAACAAUUUAAAUUCUGAGGUCUAAGGCAGGAGAGGGAGAGGGGCUGGGGAGUGAGGGCUCCCUAAUCAAGGACAAGACACAUAGUCGUCCCUUUCCCACCUCAGCCCUGGGCACCUUUAGGCUUCUGAGGCCUGGGUCUCUCACAAGGCUUCAGCUUUAUCUCCAUCCACUCUGAUUUGGCAGCAGCCAGCGCCUCUGGGGACGUGUGAUCAUCCCAUGACAGUUUGUCUUUGACAUUCGAGUGGACCCUCCCAAAAGUGCUCCUGGCAGCAAAACAAACCCACCCCUUACAAUAAAUGCACACACUGAGGUGGGGCGCCCCUGAUCCCAGUCCCCAGGCCUUUGGCCGACGUGGCCCCUUGCCGGCCAGUACGUCAAAGUUUAAAAUUCCCAGCAAAAUGGUCCAUGUUCCUCCUGUUACCUGGUGCCUCAGUUCUCACUAGGGGAGGGCUCUGAGCAGAUGGAAGAAUCUGCUGCUUCACUGUGGCUGUUGGUGUAACGGUGUGUCCUGCACCAAGUCCUGGGGCCUCACUGUACCCUUGAGGCUAACAUCACCUGUCUCUUACCUACCUCAAAGGGAUCUGGUGAGUCAAACCAUGAAAAUGAUCAUUUUGCUUCUUAGGUACCAAACGCUAACCCCUGUAUGAGCAUCUGACCUUCCCAAGAACUAGGUGACAGCCUUCUCCAGGAGACUGCAUCCUUCCGGUGACAGCAGUCUUCCUGAGCAGGGCUCUGUGCUUUCAUGCAUUAGAGGGUUUAUCACGCUGUUCUCUGCGUUAUCGGACAGCACCAAUGCAGCCUCUUCCUGAUGCCCCUCGCAUCUAACGGGUUAGCCACGCACCUUGUACUACAUUUCGGUUCCCUGACCUCACUGUGGUCCCCGGCCACAGGCAGCCUCCGCCGCGCCACUCACCCCGUCAUUCUCAUUUGCCCUGUUGUGCAUAUCCCACGGGCCCUACAUUUGAAAUGCAGUCCUGUGCCCACGUGGAAGGGGUAGGAAAAGCCACGGGGCACAGAGCUGUCCCAGCCAGUGGGCAGGCCCAGCUCUCCUAAACAAGCUAAGCCACUCCAGUAUCCCGCGAAGCCGGAAGGGACCAGGAACUGAGCAGAGAGAGGCAGGGACACGGGCGCCUGGCUAGAGCUUGUUGCCAGUAUCCAUCCGAUUUGAAAGGGGGAACAAUCACAUGGAUUCCAAACUGUAAAUGGACAUGUGCUAUUUUUCGGGCUUCAGUGAAUCUUUUCUUUCAUGUGUAGUACGACUAUGUGUAUAUACACGUGUGGGUGUGUGGGUGUGUGUGUAUCAUUUUAGCUCCAAUUCAAGCCAGUCUGAGUUUGGAUGGAGAAGCCCUGAACUGUAAGUUGUAUGCUUUUGGCGUUCUGACUUUCUCAUUUCUGAAGAGGACUCGUACAAAGCGAGGCGAUUGGAGCUGGCCAGUGGGGCCCAUUGGUUGAACACAUAUGCCACCAUGCCACCAUGGUCUGCAAAAGAUGCUUCUGUGUGACCUGCUGACGGCCCCCGGGAGGCCAGCAGAGGAGUCUCCUGUUUCUCCAUUCACAGAGGGGUCAGUGGACCGGGAUAAGGGCUGGGGAAAAGGCCACUGCACAGCGUCUGAAAGUCUCCCUCGCCAUUUUCUUUCCAACGUGUUGUCAUAAUGCCAUUCAAACGCUGUUCAUUGCUAUUUUGUACAUGUGACACUUGCCUUAAAAUGUAGCACAGGCCUCAAAAAUGAAUAUAGUGUUUCUACUGGCCCCUC